UGUAUAACAUGUUAACAUUUGGUUAUUGCAAUCUAUUGUCUUGUGCCUACUUAGGAAAAGGAAAAUGACAUCAUUCGUGCUGAUUGUAGCGUUUGUCGUCACGUGCGUCUCAUGUCAAAGUAAUACUUUUGAUGUAAAAGGUACGGUUGGACAGGAUGGGCACAUAAUUGGUGGAUGUACACCUGUCUUUUGCCCCUUAAGGCCCAGAGGGAACUUCGGGGACUUUAUUAGGGGUUUGAGCAGGUUCGAACGUAAAAGGAGAAGUGUUGAACAGAUGAAGUUUUUCACUCUGAGUUUGGAUGUCAAUAAGUGCAACUUCAAUCUGUACGAUGCCAACCGAGAUGAUUUUCUAACAAAGGAAGAACUUGUAACAGUGUUUGGAGACAACACGAACACUACUGCAUUGAUUGAUGCACUUGAUAUGUUAUCCGGUGACGGUUUAGUUAACAGAGAGGAGUUCCACUAUGUGAUGUCGAGAACAGUUGAAGGAUGUUGAACUGAUGUUGAUUUCUUCGUACGCUUGGGUUUAAAUUCUUUUAAACGCUUGAAGGAAUUUCAACAAUGACGCUUUGUGGGAAGAUUUUUUAAAUUGUAUACUUAGAAAAUCAACAGAAAACACCGAUUGAAGAUUGUAUACCUGUUUGUGAUUGUUUUGAAACCGUUU